AUGAAUAAUGAAACUCCUAUUGACCAAGCUAGUGGAAAAAGACCUCAUGUAGAGGUAGAAGUUUCCGAUAAUGAUAUAGUUAGUGAUCCGGGCUUGAGAAAUCCAAUUGAUAGCUUUCCCUUAGAGAUGAGGGAUACAUUGAGAAGGAGAUACUUAGCUAAAGGGCCUUGUCAACCAGUUGGGCAUCAAUUUCCUCAAACUAAUAAAAGGAGGUUUCUCCCUAAUUGGUUUAAAAGAUUUGCUUGGAUAGAGUAUAGCGUUUCCAAAGAUAAAGCAUUUUGUUUAUAUUGCUACUUGUUUCCCAAUAAAGGCAAUAAUAGCAACAAAGGUGGCGGCAAUGCUUUUACGGAAGUUGGGUAUAGUAAUUGGAAAAAUGGCAUGCAAAAUUUUAUUGCUCAUGAAGGAGGUCCGGAAAGCCCACUCACAUUUGCAAGAAUUAAGGUUGAGCAAUACCAAAACCAAAGGGAGAAUAUUGAUUUUGUUUUUUCUUCAAAGAAUGUUGCUAAUGAUGAUGAGUAUCGUGUUCGGUUGACAACAGUUGUAAGAGUAGCUCGAUAUCUUUUGGGUGAAGGAUUGGCUUUUCGAGGACACGAUGAGUCACUAAAAUCAAUGCACCGAGGCCAUUUUCUUGAACUUUUAAAUUGGUUUUGUAAGUAUAAUGAAGAAGCAAACAAAGUGAUGCUAUCAAAUGCUCCUAAAAACAAUCAAUUGACUUCAUCUACCAUUCAAAGGCAUAUAAUUGAAGCUUGUGGAAAGGAAACUAGAAAAGUCAUUUUGAAUGAGAUCGGAGACAAGUUCUUUUCUCUUUUGCUUGAUGAGGCCCGAGAUAGUUCUAUGAAAGAGCAAAUGGCUGUGGUUUUGAGAUUUGUGAAUGAUGUAGGAGAAAUUGUUGAAAGCUUUGUUGGAGUGGUUCAUGUAAUCGAGACUUCUACACAGUGUUUAAAGAAUGUUGUUGAUGAAUUCUUUGCGAUAAAUGGGUUGUCACUGUCAAGACUUAGAGGUCAAGGUUAUGAUGGAGCUUCUAAUAUGCGUGGCGAGCUCAAUGGAUUGAAAGCACUCAUUCUAAAUGAAAACAAGCAUGCGCAUUAUAUUCAUUGUUUUGCUCACCAACUCCAGUUAGUUGUUGUGUCUGCUGCAGAGGAAAAUCAUGAUAUGAGUCAAUUCUUUGAUUACAUUUCUAUGAUUGUGAAUAUGGUUGGAAGUUCAUGUAAAAGGAAUGAUGCUCUUCGGCAAGCACACCAUGAUAAAGUUGUGCAAAAGCUACAAAGUGGUGAGAUUUCAAAAGGGCAGGGUCAAAAUCAAGAAAUAAGCUUAGCUCGAUCAGGUGCUACUUGUCGGGAUUCUCACUAUAAAACAUUACUCCGGCUAUUUGAUAUGUGGGAUUUAUUGGAAGAGGUGCUUUUUGCAAUACAACAAGAUGGUGAGAUAAGGAAAAAUCGAGGCACUGCUAGGGGUUUGUUGGAUAAAAUGGGAGUGACGGAUCUUUUAUCAAAGAUUCUACAAGCCAAAGAUCAAAAUAUAGCCACUGCUGUUCGUAUGGUUGAAGCAUUAAAAUGCAAGUUACAUGCAUAUAGAGAAAAUGGUUGGGAAAAUUUGUUGAAGGAAACCACUAAAUUCUGUCUAAAGCAUAAAAUUAAAGUACCAAGCAUGGACGAAAUUAUCGAAAGCCAUCAUAUUACACUUGUUGAUGGAGAACCAAUGACUUAUAUUCAUCAUUUCCGUGUGGAAAUCUUUGCAACAGUAAUUGAUGAGGUUGCUGAAGAAUUGAACAAUCAUUUCAAUGAGGCAAACACUAAUUUGCUUAAGGGUGUAUUGAGUCUUGAUCCUUCCAACAACUUUGCUUGUUUUGAUCAUCAUGAAAUACUCCAUCUUGCUAGAUUAUACUCUGAAGAUUUCUCUACUGCUGAGCUAGCUGAGCUUAAUGAU